AUGACAAGGGCAGGACCUUCCUAUGUAUUUAUUGGGCUUCGAUCGAAAGAAGACAAUGUUGCGAUGCGCUACUGGGUGGACGGCUCAACAUUUAAUUAUAUGAACUGGAUGGAAGGAAAACCAACCAACCAGAAUGACCGAGCGAGCAGCUGCGUGAUAAUGUCUGUCAAAGACGGUACUUGGUUGGAUACUACUUGCCAGGGUCACGCUGAAGGAGCGAUUGUAGGUGGUGGCAUUUGUCAGAGCUUUCCAGCGCAGUCGAGAAUUAAAGCGCCGCAACGAUAA